AUGAAUCACGUACCUGGAAAAAACGACCAAGGCAUCCCGGUGGACUUCCUGACAUUCGUCUGCCCGUUCUGUUACAAACAUUUUGAUCGAGACGGCGAGAAAGGGUUGCCGGAGGCAACACUGGAAGAUUCCAGUGACUCACUAGACGCUGCGACUGCGGCCGGAGUCACGAAAACACAACCAACCGUCAAGUUUUCUCCUGAUCCUGAUUCUUCGCCAAAGAAGGAGGUUCAAACCAACCUUGACCAAAACCGAGGCCUUGCAGCGCCGAUACACAUCAAGUUGAACAAGGCCCUAUGCAGUCACAUAGCAGAGCACCUACUACGCCUUGCUCUAAUAACUAUCCGAUUUGACUUUGGUGGUAAAACCCCGCUUGUUGACCAGAUCGAAUUUGAUAGCGGUAUUUCUCCGGAGACGCUGAAGCCGGGAAGCGUGACAAGUACAUUCCGGUUGAUGCAGGGCGAGACACCUAUAAGCGGAGAUUGGCCGAUAUCGGAUCCUGGACCUCGCGCCUCAAUAGCACCGGAGGAUCAGUCAAAUAACGAUUUCGGCAUUGAGCUGGAAGAAGGGUCCGUUUUGGUAGCAUCGGAUAUUGAGCCUUCCGCCUCGCAGGCAACAGAAAGCCAGCACAAUGACGGACAGCACGUCAAGCAUGGAGCGACAUCAUCAGACGAUUCAUGGGUAACAGAUCCCAAGUUUGAUGUCUCAACGGGACUCGAUAGUCAGACGGAAACUGCAAAAUGGCAAUCAAGCGAAAGAGAUGCCUUCAUUUCCUUGGGGGAUCAACUUUUGCAGGAAUUCGUGGUCAGCAAGUUCGACCAUCGGAGGCCAGCAUUCCUGCCAGAAGGGACCAUUGAGAGCCUUAUCACCAGAUGGUCUAUUGCCGCCGAGCUUCAAGACGACGACGAGAAGAUCUCACACUUUCCAGAGACGGAUCUAGUCAACUUUGUCGAAGAUCAGGCGAAGAAAACUUUUGCAAUCACUGUCUGCUGUGGAAUUAGCGGAACGGAUCUUCGUACAACUAUGAAGUUCUUCAAGACUGUGGGAUUCAACGACCGCCACCUACCAAUAAAAAAGCCCCAACCGCCUCGAAGGGAUCAAUUGGGGUGGAAUUUCCCCUUUCCGUUUGAUGGUAUGGCGAAAGAAAAACGCUUGCGCAGAAUUUGGAACGUCUCGGGGGUCACCAACUUUUUCAGCCAACAAUGGUGUUUCUUGGCACCUGUCUUUUCAGCCGCCAGGUUUCAAUAUCACUUAUCCCCUGAUUGCAUUUUCCCGUUUACCUGGGUCAACAAUAUCGUCAAGGGUGGGAUGUUCAGCCAGAUAUAUGAAGUAGAAAUUCAUCCCAGACAUCACGAACAGCCAGUGUUAACAGUAGACGGACUUUCGGCCCAUGUCGCCAUCAAAGAGAUCCUCGUCAAUGGCCAGUCGAGCCACGAGAGCGAGAAAAAUUACGACCACGAACGGGACGUCCUGUCCGAGAUCACAGACCUCCGGCACAAUCAUAUUAUUCAAAGGAUUGCGGCUAUCACUCGUGCCGAACAACGAUACCUGAUGUUUGAAUGGGCUGAUGGCGGCAAUCUCCGGGAGUUCUGGAGAAAAGAACGCAACCAUUUGCUAACACCAGAUCUUGUAAAGCAGAUAAUUACGCAAAUCUACGGACUUGCCGAUGCUUUAGAUGCAUUGCACAACUACGAGGGGGGAGGUAAUUACCGUCAUGGAGAUUUAAAACCGGAGAACAUUCUUCGAUUCAGGGACAAAACUUUUGUCGGAAUUCUCAAAAUUGCAGACAUGGGCCUUGCGAAGCGGCACAUUUAUGCCACAGCAUCGCGGAUGAAUGCAACCACCACGCGGUAUGGCACAGUCCGCUACGAGCCACCCGAAGUUGCCACCAACCGCCUCGACAAAGCAAGAUCUAGGCGCUACGACAUCUGGUCCAUGGGCUGCAUAAUCCUUGAGUUUAUUAUCUGGCUCCUUUACGGUUACGAAGCAUUGGAGGAAUUUGAUCAUAGCCUCAAUACCAGUGGCUUCGAUUGCAGUUUCUUCAAGGUCAAGGACGUUGACGGAGCGCGAGUUGCACAAGUCCAUCCCAUUGUUGAGCAGUGGAUGAACUCCAUAGCUGUCGACUGGCAAUGUGGCACAUCCACGGCUAUCGGUGAUCUACUCAAGCUUGUGAGGAAUCGACUUCUCGUCGUUCCUUUGCUUAUUCAAGCGCCGACAGUCAAUCUCGAUGACCCUCAGCCGACAAUUUUUGUCACCGGCGCGAGCCAAAGCACCCCUGAAGUUGGUCUCUAUCGGGCUGAUGCCAACGUCAUGAAGUCUGAGCUGGAGAAGAUUCUCCAAAAGGCAAAUUGCAACCAAGUCUAUCUCUUAAGAGCGCAGACCCGAGUCGGCUCUCGUGGUCCCGUAUUGGUUGUGCCAAAAUCGCAGUCCAGCGAGCUACGGUUGCUUGUGCCGGGUGAAAGGCCGAGAGAGGACAACUAA